AUGAAGGUAAGUUCAAGGGGCCCUAUCGUGCGGUGGGCGCUCAGUAGACCAACGUCAGGGCUCGUUUCGUCUCCAAGCGAAUGGCGUUGUGGCCGCGAUCUUAGCGAUGAAGAGAAACAUUCAGGUCUUCUGUUGCGAAUUAGAGACAUUUGUCAGCCGCUGGCGAAAAAUGACCAACUUCCUGUAGCUGUGGUAAAAGCACAACCAAGCGACCUUCAGGUAAAUGAAGUUGAUGCCGUCGGGGACGUGGCUGCGCUGUCAAAAGUUGUAAAAGGGAAGUGGCGCAAAAUAUCCAGGCAGAAGACCCUUCUCAUUGAAGACGAUGCCAGGACACCAUUUAGCGACCCGUCCAAGUCUUUUUCCCCACGUGUACAGAGCUAUGGCGAAUAUGUGCGACUAACGGGAAAACUUCCGCGGGAUCUUCCAGUUCUGCGCUUCGUCUUGUAUCGUGACUCUUAUUCGCUAAAUAGUGUGGAAAACCGCCUCGGGUAUGUGCUUUCGCUUCAACCCGACUGCGUUUUCUUACGGGACCAACCCGGAGGUUCAUUUGGUUGUAUCACCCAGCACGGCGUCUGCCUAGGAGUAACAAAGGAGAUUUUGUCACAUGCAUCGCGACAUUACAAUCUGCAUCCCCUGAUUUUUGAACCGCGGGAGUACUUUUCAACUGAUAAGCUGCAUUCCUUGUUACAGGGGGCGCGUGGUCACCACCACCGUGUUCUCUUGAGGUGCGUGGAAGGAAGCCAGGACACCAUAAAGGCCUUGCUGAAGAAGACGGCAGAAAGGGGAUUUAUUAAUUAUUUUUGGUUAGACAGGUUUAGUGUUGGAACAAACCGGUUCUUUGACAUGGCCGUGUUGGCUGCGAGGGGAGACUACCUGAAGUCUAUAGGGGCCCUGCUCCAUUGCGUCGCGGAAAGCAACGGUGUGCACUAUGAUCACUUUCUGAAGUAUCUCAACGCCGAUCCCAGUACGGUCCCUGGCAUUGCACAGACAUGGGCCACCACUGCUAAGCACAUGCGCUCACCCAACUGGAUUGUACAGUUAUUGAGGGGCCUUCAUAAAUAUCACGCAGACGCCGAAUGUGGGAAGUCAUCGUACCUCGCUGAGCUAUGGAGCGCCCUUCCGAUGCGUGAGGCACUGCGACGUAGCGCUGCCGAAUUUGUAUGGAACGCCAUGGCCUCACAGCGACUGUUGUCCAAGGGUUUAAAUGUCGUUGAAGGGGAUGUAGUCCGUAUGGGUCCCGCUGAUAGCGUCUCAGGUUGUGACUCCUCUUCAUUGCCUAACAACUGUGGCAACUAUCAUUUAGUGACCAAAGACGAUGAGGAGAAGGGAACCUUUAAGAUAACUGAUGUUGUUCUCCCAGUUCCGUACGGUUCAGUAGCUGCCAAUAAUUGCCUUUUUCCCCAUUUAUCGCCUCUGGAUAAAAAACUUUAUGUGGAGUUUGCGACGAAGCACGGGAUGUCAUUUCUGUUCGAUGAACAGAUGCCAUCCCCUCUGUCAAACCCACUACAGUUCUACCGGCAUUUGAUAACAAAACCUGUCAAUAUGCAAGUGUCUGUAAUUCGAGACCCAAACUCUCUGACAUCGAUUAAGUCUGACCUUGCGGUUAUGCAAGAGCGGAAACUCGUACAAAUCGGGGAUAUAGACUAUUCGACGAGAGUUCGCGAGCCCUGCGUGUAUAACGUGUCGGAACGCUUUACGGAAAAAAUGGAAGAAAUAUUGAAGACGCACCGGGGGCCAAACUCCGUUGUACUUUCUUGCUACCUCCCCGAGGACUCAUCUCCCUUCGUUAUGUUGAGGGAAGUAUUUGACCUCCGUCAUGCAUCUUUUCACGACCUCUAUGGCUUAUUGUAG